UUAGACAACUCUUCUAUUUUCAUCUCCACCUACACACUCACAAUUACUAUAUAUUUACAUAAAUAUUUCAUUCCUAACUAUAAUCAAAGAGAGACUCUAAUACAUUCACAUUCAUAUCCCUUCUUCUCAAUAACAAUACAAAUCCACAAUGAUCACUGCAGCUAUACACGAACCUCAGACGAUUCACAAUACAUCCGUCGUCGUCUCCGGCGAUGUACUUCCUCCUCCUCCUCCUCCUACUCCUUCGAAUCCUCGUAUUUUCCGGUCGAAGCUUCCGGACAUUGACAUACCAAACCACCUACCUCUCCACGCUUAUUGUUUCGAGAAACUCUCCUCUGUUUCCGACAAGCCUUGUCUCAUUGUCGGCUCGACAGGAAAAAGCUAUACUUACGGAGAAACCCAUCUCAUCUGUCGGAAAGUUGCUUCCGGGUUGUACAAGUUAGGUAUCAGAAAAGGUGACGUCAUCAUGAUCCUUCUUCAAAACUCAGCUGAGUUUGUCUUCUCUUUCAUGGGUGCUUCAAUGAUCGGAGCCGUCUCAACCACCGCAAACCCUUUCUACACUUCUCAAGAGAUUUACAAACAGCUCAAAUCUUCCGGAGCUAAACUUAUCAUCACUCAUUCACAAUACGUUGACAAGUUAAAAACCCUCGGUGAAGACCUAACUCUGAUCACCACCGACGAACCAACGCCGGAGAAUUGUCUUCCUUUCUCAACACUCAUCACCACCAACGAACCAUACCCACUUCAAGAAACCGUCCACAUCUGCGGUGACGACGCGGCGGCGCUUCCUUUCUCCUCCGGGACAACAGGGUUACCUAAAGGAGUGGUUUUGACUCACAAAAGCUUAAUCACAAGCGUUGCACAACAAGUAGAUGGUGAUAACCCAAACCUUUACCUCAAACCAAACGACAUCGUACUCUGCGUUUUACCUCUUUUCCAUAUCUACUCUCUCAACAGCGUCCUCCUUAACUCCAUCAGAUCCGGUGUGACGGUUCUUUUAAUGCAUAAGUUUGAGAUCGGAGCUUUGUUGGAUCUAAUCCAAAGACACAAAGUUACAAUGGCUGCACUUGUACCACCACUAGUGAUCGCUCUAGCUAAGAACCCUGCGGUUAACUCUUACGAUCUUUCGUCUGUAAGAUUGGUUCUCUCUGGUGCAGCUCCUUUAGGUAAAGAUCUUCAAGAUAGUCUUCGUCGCCGUCUCCCUCAAGCUAUCCUUGGCCAGGGUUAUGGUAUGACGGAGGCAGGACCAGUGUUGUCAAUGAGCCUUGGGUUCGCUAAAGAACCAAUCACGACAAAAUCAGGUUCUUGUGGGACUGUUGUCCGAAACUCAGAGCUUAAAGUGGUUCACCUUGAGACACGUCUCUCUCUUGGUUACAACCAACCUGGUGAGAUCUGUAUCCGCGGUCAACAGAUCAUGAAAGAGUACUUGAACGAUCCAGAAGCAACAUCAGCAACAAUAGAUGAAGAAGGUUGGCUACACACAGGUGACAUUGGGUAUGUAGAUGAAGAUGAUGAGAUCUUUAUCGUUGAUCGACUUAAAGAAGUCAUCAAGUUCAAAGGCUUUCAGGUCCCUCCAGCUGAGUUAGAGAGUUUGCUCAUCAACCACCAUUCAAUUGCUGAUGCAGCUGUUGUUCCGCAAAAUGAUGAAGUUGCUGGUGAAGUUCCAGUGGCUUUUGUGGUGCGAUCUAAUGGAAAUGAUAUUACUGAAGAAGAUAUUAAAGAAUAUAUUGCUAAACAGGUGGUGUUCUAUAAGAGAUUGCACAAGGUCUUCUUUGUACCUUCAAUUCCAAAAUCUCCUUCUGGAAAAAUUCUGAGAAAGGAUCUCAAAGCUAAACUUUGUUAAGACUUAAGAAUUAUUUUUUUCUCUUAAUUAAAUGUAAUUUUCAUUGAUGAUUCAAACGUUCUUUUGUAUCCCAAAAUAUGUGUGUCUUUGUGUUACAUCCUUUGUCAUUGAUUGUCACACAUUAUGUGGAAUAUUUAAGAAGUUAAAGAGUGAUUAAGUAUA